GGGGCCGUGGAAGAGGAGGAGGAAGAUGGCGGGAGGGCGGCUCUGAGGAGAGCUUGGCGGCGGCGGCGGCGGCGGCGGUAACGGCGGCUGCAGGCGGAGGAGGAGGAGGAGCAGGAGCGGGAGCGGGAGCGAGAGCGGGACCAGGAGCGGGAGCUGGAGCCGAGGAGCCCGGCACCGCACCGCACCGCACAGCGCCGCGCCGGGGCCCAUGUGGGGAGGAGUCGGAGCCGCCGUUGCCACCGCUUGUGUCAGCCGGACCCGAGUGGGAGUGAGGGGGAAAAGGCAGGAGGAUGAAGUUCGCCGAGCACCUCUCCGCGCACAUCACUCCCGAAUGGAGGAAGCAGUACAUCCAGUACGAGGCUUUUAAGGAUAUGCUAUAUUCAGCCCAGGACCAGGCACCUUCUAUGGAAGUUACAGAUGAAGAUACGGUGAAGAGGUAUUUUGCCAAGUUUGAAGAGAAAUUUUUCCAAACCUGUGAAAAGGAACUUGCCAAAAUUAAUACCUUUUAUUCAGAAAAGCUUGCAGAGGCUCAGCGCAGGUUUUCUACCCUUCAAAAUGAGCUUCAUUCCUCAUUGGAUGUACAGAAAGAAACUAGUGUUGUUUCUACACUUCGAAAGCGCAGAAAUCCAGUUUUCCACCUGUCCCAUGAAAAACGUGUUCAAUAUAGGAACAUUCGAGACCUUAAGCUGGCCUUCAGUGAGUUCUACCUCAGUCUUAUCCUGCUGCAGAACUAUCAGAAUCUGAACUUUACAGGGUUUCGUAAAAUCCUCAAAAAGCAUGACAAGAUCCUGGAGACAUCUCGUGGAGCAGAUUGGCGAGUGGCCCAUGUGGAAGUGGCACCAUUUUAUACAUGCAAGAAAAUCAACCAGCUCAUCUCUGAGACAGAGGCUGUGGUGACCAAUGAACUUGAAGCUGGAGAUAGGCAGAAGGCCAUGAAGCGUUUACGGGUUCCUCCUUUGGGAGCAGCUCAGCCUGCACCUGCAUGGACUACAUUUAGAGUUGGCCUAUAUUGUGGAAUAUUCAUUGUGCUGAAUGUUGCCCUUGUGCUCACAGGUGCAUUUAAGCUUGAUGAUGAUAAGAUGAUAUGGCCUCUAAUAAGAAUAUAUCGAGGUGGCUUUCUCCUAAUUGAGUUCCUUUUUCUCUUGGGCAUCAACACCUAUGGUUGGAGACAAGCAGGAGUGAAUCAUGUGCUCAUAUUUGAACUCAAUCCCCGCAACAAUUUAUCUCCUCAGCAUCUCUUUGAGAUUGCUGGAUUUCUUGGGAUAUUGUGGUGCUUGAGCCUGCUGGCAUGCUUAUUUGCUCCAAUCAGCGCUAUUCCCAUACAAGUUUACCCACUUGCACUAUACGGAUUUAUGGUUCUCUUUCUUAUCAACCCCACCAAAACUUUCUACUACAAGUCCCGGUUUUGGCUGCUUAAACUCUUGUUCCGAGUGUUCACAGCCCCCUUCCAUAAGGUAGGCUUUGCUGAUUUCUGGCUGGCCGAUCAGCUGAACAGCCUGACAGUGUUACUUUUGGACCUGGAAUAUAUGAUCUGCUUCUACAGCUUUGAGCUCAAAUGGGAUGAAAGCAAAGGCCUGUUGCCAGAUAAAAUGGGAGGAUCAGAUAUUUGCCACUCAUACAGCUAUGGAGUGCGAGCCAUUGUUCAGUGCAUUCCAGCUUAUCUGCGAUUCGUCCAGUGCCUGCGCCGGUACCGAGACACAAGAAGGGCCUUUCCUCACUUAGCUAAUGCUGGCAAAUACUCCACAACUUUCUUCGUGGUGACAUUUGCAGCCCUUUACAGAACGCAUACAGCUCGAGACCACUCAGCCACCUCCGUGUUCUUUUAUCUUUGGAUUGUCUUCUAUGUCAUCAGCUCCUGCUAUACCCUCUUCUGGGAUCUGAAGAUGGACUGGGGUCUCUUUGAUAGGAAUGCUGGGGAAAAUACCUUCCUUCGGGAAGAGAUUGUCUACCCCCAAAAGGCCUAUUAUUACUCAGCCAUCAUUGAGGAUGUGAUACUGCGCUUUUCUUGGACUAUCCAAGUCUAUGUCAGCACCCAGAAUCUGAACCCUCAUGUUGGGGAAAUCAUCUCUACUGUAUUUGCUCCCCUUGAGGUUUUUCGGCGAUUUGUGUGGAAUUUCUUUCGAUUGGAGAAUGAACAUCUAAACAACUGUGGUGAAUUUCGUGCUGUGCGGGACAUCUCUGUGGCUCCCAUGAAUGCAGAUGAUCAGACGCUGUUAGAGCAGAUGAUGGACCAGGAAGAGGGUGUGCGGAACCGUCAGAAGAUCAGGACGUGGAAGUAUAGCCAGACUGUGAUGCUGCGCCGACCUUACCUGACUCAAUCCAAGUCUCGUGAUACUAAGGUAUUGAUAGAUGACACAGAUGAUGAAGCUAACACAUGAAUUGAGUCUAAAUCUACAUCCUUUUUCCCCCUGUUCAACAACCCUUUCCUUGACCAACUCAGCCUCUGGUACCUUUCCAGCUAAAAACAGGAGAAGACAUUUAACACACUUUCCGAGCUCUUCUGGAUCGGAUCCUAUGGACUCCAAACAAGCUCACUGUGUUUCUUUUCUUUUCUUCUGGUUUUAUUUUAAUUUUCUACUUUUAAAAUAAAUAUUUACUUCAUUUUGCCAAUCAGAGGACAUUUUAAGGAAAAAAAAAACCACAAGUUAUCUUAAGGAUUGUUUACAAUCACAAGGACAUAGAGAACUAUCUGGAUGAAGAACAGACGCAGCGAGGACCCAAUAAUGGGACAGUACCGAGGUUGCUCGGCUUCUGCUUGGCCCGGUUUUGACUGGUUAAAACCGGACAUUGGUUUUUAAAUUUGUUUGAGAAUUUUUUUUCUUUCCUUCAUAUCCAGCGCAACGGCACUGGCUGCACUUGCAGGGAAAGUGCACUUAGAGCAGUACCUUCAUUCAUGAAGCUACUUUUUAAUUUGAUGUAACUUUUCUUAUUUUGGGGGAGGGGGGAGGGGGGAGGAAACUGGGAAAUAGGAUGUAUUUGUUAUAUAUAAUUUUCUCAUUAUUUAUAAUACUUAACCAUAAGAGAACAAUCUUGUGUCCUGUGCAAUGAAGGUAAUAACAGUAAAAGAAGGUAGGGGAAUCUAUCCUUGCAUGUUUUUCGUAAGGGUUCCAUCCUGCAAUGCCUCUUUCAUGAGACAACUUGUACUAGUUUGACAGUUUCUUUCUUUUUUUUUUUUUAAUUUUAAACCAAAGUUUCUGUUUCUGAUUUUUUUUUAGUUGCUGCUGCUUUGGAAACCUGAACAUGUCUCUCAUGACAGGUCAUCCUCACAUUUUCACGUUUUUGAGUGAAAAUUGUGAAAAAGAUUCUGAGAAUUAAAAAAAAAAUAGAGAGAGAUGGAAUACAUCUAUCCCUACUCCAUACUCAACUGCAGAAGAAGCCAGAUUUUCUAUCAUAACGUAGCUUUGGAGUUUAGGGUAGUUGUAGCAUGAUCCUUACUAUCUCAGUUUGAAUUGGGAGACCAGGCUGUUUCAGAGACUCUACAUCCUCAUUAAAUAGGGAGUUUCUAAAGGUUUCUUUUACUUCCACCAGAUUCUGAGCAAAUAGGAAUCUGCCUGGGAGGGGUCAUCUUCCUGAGCACAUAGAACAAAUUAACUUCUAUCUUUCAUAUUGCAUUGGCCACAUGAGGCCUUUGUAGCCAUUCAUUCCAGAGGUUAUAAACGAUGAUUGAUCAUUGGAUCUCAUGCUCUUCCAUAGGGAGGGAAUGCACUUUUCAGUUUGUUAGGUCUGCCAUUUAAAGGAAAAUUCCUUUAUUCAGUCAUGAUUCAUUCACACUGCCUGUGUUAUUUUUACUUAAUCUUUAUCCUGUUAUAUCUCCUGUCAUAUCUUCCCUUACCCAUCAAAAUAAGUCCUAAAACUUUGAUUGAUAGUUCAAUCUUUUUUUAAAAACAUGGAUUAUUUGGAGGUAAGGCACCAACCUUCAUUAUCUACCAAAAAAUAACAGAAAUAGUACCAAUGUAAACUAAAAUGUGCUUUCUAUAAUUCUAAGAUCCAAAUCAAUGUUUUGAAGUGCCCAUCUCUACCUUUGUUGGAUUUAUUGGCAGAAGUCACACUGAGCAUAUAUAGUUAGCUAUUGACUGUCCUCUUCCUGGCUAGCCUUGCUGUACCUAGUCAACACCAGUAACUGCAUUGAAGCAAAAUACUUCUGUUGUUUUCAGCCUUAAUUUUAGACUAAGACACAAAUUAAUAGAGGCAGCUGUAAUCACUAAUUCAGGCUUUAAGAACAUGGCUACUGUGUCUGUAAUAUGGCUGCCUUGUUGUUAGUGCAUCUUCCAUGUAUCCAAACUAUGAUCAUACAGGUGGAUCGCAUAAAGAAGUUACUAUUAAUGCUAUCGUGUCAAGCAGUAUGUGAAAAACAGUCGUUUUUAAAAAGAGCUCCUUUCUUUUCUGUUUAAUAUAAUGUGGAUAGUCUUCCCUAAACUUGUUCCCACUCCAAAUCUAGAAAAAAAAAUUUGGAUCAUUACUUUACUUUGUGGCUUUUGUUCUUUUUUGUGUUUUGCCAAAUAUUCUUCUUUGCCAGAAAAAUGGGGAGAAAGCAUUUUAAUUACUGGUUUCCUUUAAUUUUUAGUUUUUAGAACCGAGUCUUUUUAAGUAAUCAGUGGUAGCAACUUAGUGGCUCUUGGCAAAUUAAGGGUUUUAGAGUUCAUACUUGGACUUAAUAGACUAUAUAUUGGUUUAUACUACUGGUCUGCCAAGAAACGCUGGUUACUGUGAUUGAGUUAUUAAUAUAAGUUGAUGGGUUGGUUAUUUUCUGUACAAAUGGAAUAAAUAGUACUCUGUGUACCUAGAAUCAGCUUAAAAUGAACCUAACAUCCAUUCUCCUUUCAGAGUUCUGUAAAAUGUAUUACCAUAAAAUCUUGCACUUGGUGGUGUAUAGGAAUCCUGUGGUUGGUUGGUUUUUCCCUCAGUGUAUCCCACAGCCAAUUUAGCCUUUGUUCAAAUUUUAGAACCUUAGUCCCUAAUCAGGAUUAUUUCUCUUAAGUGAUAAGAAUAUUUAAAUUUUAAUUAUCAGGGACACAUUUGUCCAGUUAGCAGAAUCUAUUUUAGAAAAAAAGACUUUUAGCUUACCAUGUUAGAUAUGUAAUGUUUGUUUAGAUUUACUAUUUUGUGUUCCUGUAAAAGCAUAAAGGGAGCAAAGAACUUUUUUCGUAAUUAUCUUGAUCAAACAACAUGAAUUUAAAUUUCUUUUUCCUCAUUUAAUAAGAAAAGGUAUUGACUGUGCUAUUCUCUCAAGUAACAUAUACAGCUUGUACCAAGUGAUCAGUGUUUCUCAGAUUCCUUGCUCCAAAUGCCAACCCAGGAAAUUCUGCCCAAUGCUGGUCCCCAUUUUGUGAUUUUGUCAGAGUUUUCCCUGAAGCUCUCACCAAACAAAUUAUCUAGUAGAGAAAUGCACAUUAGUUUGCCAUGCAACCAAAAAAAUGAAAAGAUUAAAAGGAAAAACAACCCAACCCCAGGUAAAAUUUAUAUGAUCACAUAUUUAGAUAAUCUAGUAUUGUUCUUGCUUUGGAAAAAUCAAUUAAAAUGUCCCCCAGAUAAAGGAAUUAAGACACCUUAAUUACCAGGAAUGCAAAAUAUUUAUUUUCAUUUUUUGGUUGGGUGGCAUAGAAAAAUUUUUGGUAAUGCAGAAACAGAUUGGGAGACUAAGAAGAAUGCAUGUACAAGUAAGUUCAUGUAUUUAAGGCUCAAAUGAGUGAGUUGACCAAUGGUCUAAUACCUUACAACGAUCAAAGAUGAAGUUGCUAUUAGUAAGAUCCUCUGUAAGAAUGUGGAGAAGUCAGAAUCCCCCAUUCCUCAGUCUGCCCUUUGCUAUUUUCUUUUUCAUAUUCUCAUUUGAUCCUUUUAGCAUCCAGUCACCAAAAUUCACACAAUUGGAAUGUACAGCUCCUGAGAGGAUGAAGCCAGUAGCCUCAACGGUGCACUUACAAGAGACCCCAGUUCCCAGGAUUAGUGAUGAUAGCGCUUUUGUUUUCCUUCAGAGUCUGUUUAAUCUCAAUUAAUAUAAAGAAAGUUCUGAACUCAUAAUUCCAACUUCCUCCUUUGAGGUAACUUGCUACUUAAGACACCCGCCUUAUCUGACAGUUCUAAAUACAAUCAGAACAUCUGGAAAAAGAAGUCUCUCUACCUCUUAACAGACAAAAUAAAGUGAGGCGAGACUAGAGAAAAGUGAACCACUGUUGCCAUCUGUUGUACUUUACUUGAAGAGAAAUCUACUGUGGGUAGCAAGAACAAAAAAGCCAAGCACAUCAGACAUACAAUCAGCCUGAUAACAGAAGUAAGACAGCAAGGAACCUGCUUGUUUUUAGAUUUUAUUUUAGUUUGGCUUUUUUCCCCGAAGUGUUCCAUACGUUAGUAACGGACCUUUACUUUCCUGCUCUUUUCUCCACUAUAGUCUGUUGUUUAGAAUGAGUUCAUUAUGCACAAGUAUUAUAUUAGAAGUAAGUGACUGAAGAAAUUUUUCAUUCUUAUUAGCCCCUUCCAAAACAAGAAAACAGAAAAAGGAAGGUUGUACUAUUGGCAGGAAAACAAUUUGUUAUUCAUUAAAAAAAAAGAGUCUUCAAAUACUUAGCUACUUUUUCCUUCCUAUGAGGUCCAUGCAUUCACAGGACCUGAUAUGUACACAUUGUUUGUAUAAAUCGAUUCCAGAGGUACUUCACAUGAAGGCUUCAAGCCUGAGACUCCCUGGAAAUUCCCUCUUGCAGUUUGCUAAUUUGAGGGAAAUGAGUUCUGAUUAAACAACAUUGCCAAUCUGAAAAAACUAAAUUGCUGCCACCCAAGGCACAACGUUUUUUAAAACUUCAUUACAUUCUCGAAUUUUAAAGAUUCAGGUACCUUCCCAAGUCUAAAAGUGAGUCCUGUUUAAAUUAGUGAUUUGCUCUUCUCCAUUCUCACUGUUCCUACUGAAAAUUUUACAUAAAACUGAGAUCACUAGAGCUCCAUUCCACUAAAAAUCAGCAACAGUGCUAAAACAUCCUUUUUAAAAGUUGGGAGAAGAGAACAUCAGACUCACUCCAAUUUACAUCAGUUUGUCUUAGUAUUCCUCUCAAGAGAAUCUAGACUUCUGCUAUUGAUUGCAUGUGUGGGGUGCUUAGUAAGUCAAAGAAAAGUUUAAGUGCAAAACCUUCAAAAUUUCUGAAAAAUAGCCCUUCAUCCAAGCAGCAUCCUGACUAGUUGGUCUAGAAACUGCUUUAGACUAUUUUUUGACUUCAGUCUCCCAAUUUUAUGCAUUGUGUUAUAAAUCUCUGUGUAGAGUCAGGUCAUCGUGGUGAUGGGUGUAGGAUUUGGAGAUACAAAUAGGGGGUUUGAGAAAAUGAGCAAUGUUAACUUGGGCAUUGCAACCUACUACUUAACCAGCGUUUAUUCACCCUCUGCUAGUAAAAGUAAGAAAGAAAAAACAUCUUUGGCUUUGGAAGAGCUUGAUGUGGAUGUGGAUCACCAGCCUUCCUUUAUUUGUUCUUGCAAAGAAGACAAAUUUGGCCAGGAAGAGGAUACCCAUUGAUUGGUUGCCCUUGAACGAUUUGGCAGUACUCCAGUAGGGAGGAAAACAAUUCUCUCUUGAGGAGUAACCCUCUUGAAUUAAUUUGCUUUUGUAGGCAUGAGGAACAAAAUGAGGAUUCGUCCUGAAAUAAGAGGAAUUACUAUACUAACUUUAAGCUGAAGCUUAUUUCAUCAUUGCAGUUUUUUAAAAACUCAAUCUUGUUCUGCUUUGUGGUGCCAUCAACUUAAUGAGGACAAUCAAACAACCUGCUGCUUGCCUUGGACUCUCAAUGUGUCUGGUAGUCACAUAGACAACCUGUAUACAUUCAAACCAGUCACUUGACUGUAACAUAACCCAUACAACCUUAGUUCUUCCUAUUCUCUUUCCCCUGCACCACCACAAGUUUAAUGAGAACUGUAGCACUACUAGAAAGGUGUAGACUUUGAGGGCGAGGAUAAUGUUAGAAUAUUCCUUUCUCGUUGUCCUUGGAGCGCAAAGCCUUACCUUCUUAACUUGUGCCCAGUAGCAAUACCAGCAUGGUGGGAGUAAGGAGGAAGACAAUAGGAAUUCCCAGAAACACAACUAGAUCGUGACACUCAUUCCUUUGACUUUGUAAAUUGUGAGCCCUUUAGCGAGGACAGCAGAGCACCUCGACUUUUAAGACAUGAUGUGAUGAAUAACGUUCUUGCUCUUUUCUGAUUUAGCACAGAGGUUUGUGUCAAUGAACAGUAUUUGGAAGGGGCAUGAGGUGAAAAUGUAUUUGUCUUUGAGCCCCUCCCCCUCCACUCUUAACCUUUCUCUUCACCCUUCCCAUGCUGUGUUGGUCUAAAUGAUGAUUAUUCUAUGAAGCCCUAAACUGUAGUUGUCAAACGUAACUAUAAAAUGUGAUUAGUCUUCUGUGGGUGCUUCUUUCUUUCUUUCUCUCCUUUUCUUUCUCUUUCUCACUUUCUCUCCACUCUUGGUUCAGUGGAAAUGGUGAGGACAAAGAAUUGCCGCUUGCUUGGACUCAUGCUGUAACUGUGACUGCGCUAUUAGCUGUCUCCUUUUCCCUUCUCAAAUGGAUAGAAUUCUGUUGAAGUGUGGAGUACCCUUCAUGAGAAGUAGGUUUAAAAUGCACAAUGUGGUACUGUUUCAUAGUUUCUAGAUGGUUGUAUAAAG